CAGCAGUGAAUAAAAACAGAAAGUGCAUGUGACUGAAACUACAAGGUGUGGAUUUGAGGGUACACUUGUAGUUGAGGUUGGGUGGCCUCCUUUUCAUCAAUCCAACAACAAUCAAAGCUGCCAACGCUCUAGGCGGUCAUUUCCACUCACUGUUCUCUCUCUCCUCUCCUUUUCUCUCUCGUUUUCUCCGCCCCUUCCUUUUCCCCCAUCUUUUUUAUUCCUCUCCCCCCUCCCAUCUCUCUCUCUCGUCACUCCUCCGAGACCAGGAGACCAGAACUCGCACGCCUACAUAUACAUACAGUAAUAAUACUAUCGGACAUCACCACCACAAUGUCUUCUGCUUUCUCUGCAACCCGAAUUAUCCAACCCCUUCCUGUCACCACCACCACCACCACCAGAUCUCCCGAGAAAUCCAUUUUUGAUCCUACCAAAGCCGCCUCGACCACAACCACCUCCUCUUUCCUCGGAUCAACCCGCAAACUCCGCCUCAAUUCUCACAUUUUAGCAAACCCAAUUCGAACACGCUGCCGAUCCGCCUCCGUUGUUGCUGUCUCCGAUGUCGUCAAGGUAAAGAAGACCCAACCCAGUUCAUCCACCUCCAAUCUGUUGAUUACGAAAGAAGAAGGAUUGGUUCUUUAUGAGGAUAUGGUAUUGGGUAGAUCAUUCGAAGACAUGUGUGCCCAGAUGUAUUACAGGGGCAAAAUGUUUGGAUUCGUCCAUCUAUACAACGGUCAAGAGGCCGUCUCUACGGGUUUCAUCAAGCUCUUGAAACAGGAAGACUCUGUUGUCAGCACAUACCGCGAUCACGUUCACGCACUGAGCAAAGGCGUCCCUGCUCGCGCCGUCAUGAGCGAGCUCUUCGGCAAGGCCACUGGGUGUUGCCGAGGCCAGGGUGGCUCUAUGCACAUGUUCUCCAAAGAACACAACCUUCUUGGUGGCUUUGCCUUCAUCGGAGAGGGAAUUCCGGUCGCCACCGGAGCCGCAUUCACCAGUAAGUACAAGAGGGAGGUCCUGAAGGAUGCGGAUUGCGAUCACGUGACCCUUGCGUUUUUCGGGGAUGGGACUUGCAACAACGGGCAGUUCUUUGAGUGCUUGAACAUGGCUGCAUUGUGGAAAUUGCCAAUUGUGUUUGUUGUUGAAAACAAUUUGUGGGCAAUUGGGAUGUCCCAUUUGAGGUCUACUUCGGAUCCCGAAAUUUAUAAGAAGGGACCAGCGUUUGGGAUGCCGGGGGUGCAUGUUGAUGGGAUGGAUGUGUUGAAGGUGAGGGAGGUGGCAAUGGAGGCAAUUGGGAGAGCUAGGAGAGGGGAAGGGCCAAGCUUGAUCGAAUGUGAGACUUACAGAUUUAGGGGACACUCUUUGGCUGAUCCUGAUGAGCUUCGUGACCCUGCUGAGAAGGCUCACUAUGCUACUAGAGAUCCCAUAACAGCCCUAAAGAAGUACAUGUUUGAGAACAAUCUGGUCAGUGAAGCAGAGUUGAAGGCUAUAGAUAAGAAGAUAGAUGACUUGGUUGAGGAGGCUGUUGAGUUUGCAGAUGCAAGCCCUGCUCCACCUCGUAGCCAGCUACUGGAGAAUGUAUUUGCAGAUCCGAAAGGCUUUGGAAUCGGACCUGAUGGGAGGUACAGAUGUGAGGAUCCCAAGUUCACUCAAGGCACUGCUCAUGUCUAAAUUCUGGAGGCUGGUCAUCUGCGGAUCUUCUGAAGCUGGCUUUAGUAGUUGCACGGUUAUGUGUCAUUUCUGAUAGCAAUCACUAGUUUACUUUUUAUGGAUGCAUCUAGUUUUGGUUAUAAAAGAAGGUUUGUUGCUCAAGGUUUUUUCUUAUUUCAACAUUGGUCUUGCUUGGGGGGGGGGGGGGGAGGAGGGGGAACUGUCUUGCUUGUCUUUUAGUUUUUGUUCUGUUUCAUCCUGUUUCAUCGGAGCUCUAAUUGGCAACCCCAAAGGGAUGUAACCUUGUUUUCCAGUUUUGCAAUUAUGCAUACUGAUGGCUUGUAAUUGUGCAAUUAUCAGAAUUUCUAUUUGCAAAAUAAGCCAUCUAUACUGGGAUUCUCUUGUU